GGGAAAUAUCCGCGCGGGAAAUAGAAAAGAGAGGAAAGAAAGGCGUCGCUGCUUCUUUCCCCGUUUUUCGCUGUGAGCGCGGUCAUUGGCGCAGUCCCUCGACCUCCGCAGCCCCAGAGAGCUCGUGCAGCCUUUCCUCCAGCUGCCCCUCCCUUUUCUUUUCCUCAACUGCCCGAAAGAUAUCGCGAGGGCUCCUCCCUAUAGGAAACCCCUUUCCCGCUUUAUCACUCUCCAGUUUCAGCAGCAGCCACUUCUUCCUCCUACGCCGUUCCCCAUCAUCUGUUGCUUUCCACCCCUUUUUAUCUAUUUCAUUUCCCCUCAUAAUCUCCUGCGGUCCGUAAUCCUCUUCUCCUUCUCCCUCACCCUCCCGGGGUGGUUUAUCUAAAAUCCCGGGAGUGUCUCUGAACUUGUACGCAGAUGGAAAAUAACUCUCCUGAGGGGAAAUGAGGAAAAGCCUGGCUCCUAGCCAGCUGGCCAAGAGGAAGCCUAGAGGUGAUGGCUCUGAGGAGGAGGAGGAUGACUGGCAUCCUGAAACUACUCGGAAGAGGCAGAAACAUGGCAGCAAAGCCGAUAACAGGGAGUGUUAUAUGUCGCCUUUCCGGAAGCCCUUGGCUCAGUUAACCAAUCAACCUCAUUGCCUUGAUGGCAGCAAACAUGAGGCUUUUAUCCGCAGCAUUUUGUCAAAACCUUUCAAAGUUCCUAUUCCAAACUAUACAGGCUCCCUGGGCUUUAGAGCACUGGGUAUCAAACGUGCAGGACUUAGGCAUGCUCUCCAUGACCCUUUUGAAGAAGGAGCUCUGGUGCUGUAUGAACCUCCACCUCUGACUGCUCAUGACCAGUUGAAAAUAGACAAGGACAAAAUCCCUGUCCAUGUUGUGGUGGAUCCUGUUCUCAGUCAUGUUUUACGACCCCAUCAGAGAGAGGGAGUGAAGUUUCUGUGGGAGUGUGUGACAGGCUGUCGGAUCCCUGGAAGUCAUGGCUGCAUCAUGGCAGAUGAGAUGGGUCUGGGUAAGACCUUGCAGUGUAUCACUCUGAUGUGGACUCUCUUGCGCCAAAGUCAAGAUUGCAAGCCUGAAAUUGACAAGGCAAUCGUGGUCUCGCCUUCCAGUCUCGUGAAAAACUGGUACAAUGAAGUGGGUAAAUGGCUUGGUGGAAGGAUCCAGCCACUGGCUAUUGAUGGAGGCUCCAAGGACGAGAUAGACAAAAAGCUAGCUGGAUUUAUGAACCAGCGAGGUCUAAGAGUCCCAGCCCCAAUCCUGAUAAUUUCUUACGAAACAUUCCGCCUUCAUGCUGAAGUUCUCCGGAAAGGGAGUGUUGGGUUGGUCAUAUGUGAUGAGGGUCACCGGCUGAAGAACUCAGACAAUCAAACGUAUCAAGCUCUCAAUAGCUUGAACACGCAACGACGGGUGCUCAUCUCAGGAACUCCCAUUCAGAAUGACCUCCUUGAAUACUUCAGUCUAGUACAUUUUGUCAACUCAGGCAUCCUUGGCACAGCUCAAGAGUUUAAAAAGCACUUUGAAAUUCCCAUCCUGAAAGGCAGGGAUGCAGAUGCAAGUGAAGCAGGAAGGCACAAGGGAGAGGAGAGACUUAAAGAGCUGAUCAGCAUUGUCAACAGAUGUCUUAUAAGGAGGACUUCAGAUAUUCUCUCCAAAUACCUUCCAGUAAAAAUUGAGCAGGUGGUAUGCUGCAGGCUGACUCCCCUUCAGGCAGAGCUGUACAAACGCUUCCUGAAGCAAGCAAAGCCAGCUGAAGAACUAAAGGAGGGAAAGAUUAGUGUUUCAUCUCUUUCCUCAAUCACAUCACUGAAGAAACUCUGUAAUCAUCCUGCCCUGAUCUAUGAGAAGUGUGUGGAGGAGGAGGAAGGGUUUGCGGGUGCUCUGCAGUUGUUUCCUUCUGGCUAUAGCACUAAGUCCUUAGAACCUCAGCUCUCAGGAAAGAUGCUGGUUUUGGACUACAUUCUGGCAGUUACGAGGAGCACCAGUAAUGAUAAAGUAGUCCUCGUCUCUAAUUAUACUCAGACACUGGACCUCUUUGAGAAACUCUGCAGAACUAGAAGGUACUUGUAUGUCCGUCUGGAUGGCACAAUGUCCAUUAAAAAGAGAGCAAAGAUUGUGGAGCGUUUCAACAGCCUUUCUAACCCUGAAUUCAUUUUCAUGCUGAGUAGCAAAGCUGGUGGUUGUGGCUUAAAUUUGAUUGGAGCAAACAGACUUGUCAUGUUUGACCCAGACUGGAAUCCCGCCAAUGAUGAACAAGCCAUGGCCCGUGUAUGGAGAGAUGGCCAGAAGAAAACUUGUUAUAUCUAUCGACUGCUUUCGACAGGGACAAUUGAGGAAAAGAUCUUCCAGCGGCAGACCCACAAGAAGGCUCUCAGCAGCUGUGUAGUAGAUGAGGAACAGGAUGUGGAAAGACACUUCUCUCUUGGGGACCUGAAGGAGCUUUUUACACUCAAUGAGACCACCACAAGUGAUACCCAUGACAAGAUCAAGUGUUGUCGCUGUGUGAAUGGCCAUCAAGUCAGACCGCCUCCAGAGGGCUCUGACUGCACUUCUGAUUUAUCCCAGUGGAACCAUUGUGCUGAAAAACGUGGACUCCAGGACACAGUCCUCAAGGCAGCCUGGGAUGCUGCUGUCACCUUUACCUUCCAUCAUCAUUCUCAUGAGGAACAACGGGGGAUACUAUGACCUUUGUUUGGACUGAUCUUCUGAAACUCAAGCUAUCUCUUAAGAAAGCAGAUUUUUUAUAUUGAUACAUCUGUUGUCUUAAUCUGCAACACUGAGGUAGCACUUUUUUCUUUAAUGCAUUGGAAGAAUUAUAUUUCCUCUUUGGUGUUUGAAGACUACCUUUACAAAAACGGUGGGCCAAAUCACUUGGUCAAAUAGCAUUGGACAAGCAGGUAUUUAAUAAUUCUCUUACAAAUAUCAAGAAUUAUUUCUUAAGAACUUUUUGGCUUUUAACACUUGUCCUCUGAUCAGUGCUAGAAAGCCCCUGGUAUCAUGAAGUCUGAGAAAACAAGAGGGCUUAGCGAAAUACCCUCAAAUCACUCAUUUUGACAAUGCCACUUUUGGAGGAAUCUAGAAAUGAGGCCUGAACAGAUAUUACUAUCCCAUAUAAUCAUUUUGGAAAUCUUGUUUUUUCCUAACGUAUGAAGUCUAUAAAACAGUGCAUACUUAGGUAUGACUGAAAGCUUUAUGUUUCUGUAGAGGGAGAAACGUUCUAAAUGCUAAUAAAGUACUAGAAGUACCUGGGGGAAAUUUAACUAGUAGUAACUAACAAUGUAAUCCUGUUCAUGUCUACUCAGAAGUAAGUCCUACUGAAUUCAAAAGGACCUUCAUCGGACUGCAGCCUAAGGUACUCUUGCAACAACUACUUUCCUUUUUAUAGUACCACCAAUUUACUGCAACCAUUACAUUCCCCAUAAUAAGUCACUCUAGCUGUUUGAAAGUUCUGUUCUUACUAUUUUCCCUAAAGUAAUACUGACUAUAAAAAUAUGCUUACUUACAAAAAAAUAAGCCCAGCUCUAAUUGCACCAGUCUAGGACAAAAGCAGGAAAGCUGAAUCCUAGUAAAUUAACUAGCCAGCUUUAUUAGAAGAUAUUGUCCCAUAAGUGCACAUCACAUCACACUGAUAUAGUCGGCAAAGGCCUGAGAUGAGUCCCAUGUGUCACUGACUACACUGCACAUAGCUUUUAGCCGCCAAAGAGCCUCUUGAGCAGUUACAGUAUCUUGGUCCAGCCAGUUCUGAUACAGGCACAGCUUGAUAAACUUGAUUUGUUCUCCACGUUGGGCUAUGUAAUUCUCCAGCUUCUUGGCAAACUCCAGGAGUCCAUCAGGUUUGAUACAGUUGGAGCUGUAGGGGAAAAAAGUGGUUCUUCCCAUCAUAGUGACUAUGCUUAGAAAGCACUUGGUUUCACAUAACUAUGUGCAAUAGGAAAAGCAGACGUACGAUAUAUAAGGACAGGAGUGGUCCUGCUCCUUAGACUGAGAUGUAACUUGAGUGUUUGGAACAUACAACACUAACAACUGUUAACUUACGCCUAAAGGCUUUAGUCAGACCAGCGAACAACAUCAACAAAAGGAAGAUAACUUUUAACUGUAUGGCCAGGAGACCACAAAAGCCCAGUUUUCAUGCUAGAAAGGAGAAGAGCUACUAUUGUCUCUCCCAAUUUCAGUAGUCUUUAAGCUUUGGCUUUGAUAAUAGGAUUUAAUCCAUACCUUACAUUUUAUCUCAGAUGUGCUUUUUUUUAGUUAAGUAAACAAAGGUUGUUAUCUAACUUCUAAGCUCCCAAACAACACAAAAUUGUGUAACUGGUGUACCAGAGGAUAACUCCUGUUGUGCUUAUUCUUUACAAUAAAAUUGUGUGCUUCUACGGCAGAGGUACCUGAAACCAUGGAUAAUCUUCAAACUAGCAGAGAGUUUCUCAACAUUUUUCUAGUAUUGUGGGAUCACUCUACUGGGGCAGUCAAAUGUGCCUCACCCUUUUCAGGAUGAAAAACACAUGUAAGAUC